AUGUUGGAUAAGAUAUUUUUUUCCGCAGUACUCGGGUCGGCAGCUGAGGUCAUAGUCACAGUUGGUGGCAAGACUUUUACCCCGACAUGGUCUUCGAUUCCCGAUGGAGGUGUUGGCGUCUAUCAUGGCAGCGUGGUCCUCCUUAGUGAGACCGGCGAUGUGAACGUCCAGCUCUCCAGACCUGGGAGACUUCUAGCGAGGGUUGACGGACCUGCCUUCAGCUCUGCGAGCUGCGACAAUGGGCGUACGAAUUGGAACCCGUGGGUUGGCAGUGCCGUCGUUGCCGGCUCCGUCUCCGUGACGAUGCCAAACUCGAGACAGAACCAAGGCUGCAUCAAGGGAACUGGAGCCAAGGGCUUCAGGGAGCUAUGCGAGUUCAAUUGCAAGUACAACUAUUGCCCCGUGUCGUCCUGCUUGUGCCAGGCUGUGGGAGUGCCCAAUACAAAGCCGCCAGCGCUCGAGAAAGACGGAUUCCCCGCCAAGGGGAAGAGCGAGAAUUACUCCGGACUCUGCUCGAAUGCCUGCAACCUGGGAUUCUGUCCAGAAGAGUUUUGUUCUGAGACGCCUCAGACGACUAUCGUACCGACCGUCUCCGAGUUUCUUCCACCUGCCUGUAGGGCAGGCACCUCUCUAGUAGGCUAUGAACGCUUCGAGGGGCUUUGUUCCUACGCCUGCAACUUUGGCUUCUGUCCUCUGCAUAUCUGCCGGUGUACUUCAGAGGGAGGCCUGAUAGAGCCACCAGCACAGGUACCCGGUGCAACUGGAAAACCUGUUGGGGAUUACAAUGAUGAGAAGCUGUGCGAGUUUGCCUGCUCUCGUACCUGGUGUCCCGAGGUUUGCAAGUCAAACGACGACGAAGAAACGGAACCGCCCAUCGAACCCAAUGAUACCUGCCAAGCGAGCGAUAAAACCUAUAGCGACCUCGAUCUUGAUCGAACUGGCGAGUACAUGCGCUGGUUGUUGAUGGACCCUGAGAAUGCAGCAGCGACGGGCAGACAGUACAUCACCAUCGUCAACCUCACGCCGCACCCUUUCAAACUCACUUCAACACAUAGCUACCAGAUGGACGAGUUCAACUGGGGCGAUAUUCCUCCUGGCAGGGCGCGUCAGAACGUCGCACACUAUACUGAAGACAUUGAAGCCAACAAUGUCGAUGACAACGGAGAAGCAUACUACGACAUCGGGAACACUGGCAAAAAGUUUGUCGUACGUGCCACAACUCAUAUACCUGAUGCCUAUCCCAGGCGCGUCGUUUUCGACCUGAGCGGGAUGGGCAAGGGCCAGCGCGAGUACAGGGUGCCGGGGCAGGAGGUUCCUGUGACACUUGUCAUCACGGGAAGUGAUUCCUUCGGGUUCAUCACUUCACUUUCACAUGGACCGGGAAACUGGAUGAACGCUAUCAAGGAUACGAUCCGUGAUCGGAGGGUGGUUGAUUUGGUGAUGCCAGGCACCCACGAUUCGGGCAUGAGUAAGAUAACAGAUGCUCUCCUGUCAGGAUGUCGGAUUAGAAGUCCAAUUCGACCGCGGCAUACAGCCGACUGCGCAGGGGCCAAUUAG